GGCAGCUCAACUGCUCUGGACUUGCCGGUGCGAAGGGCAAUUACGCUAGGCCCAGCUGAUGAUGAUAUGAUACCGGAAAGCACUGGUGCGGGCUCGAGACCAAGGGGCGCGAGAAUAUGGGGAUACGUUUACGAUCGCUUUGUGGUAGCUGUGCCACCUCUGUUAUUGCGUGCGUCUGUGUAUCCGAUUGCGUCGUGUCCGUCCGCCAUAGCCAUACCGUUUCUCGAUGGAAACUUAAGAUGUCUCCCGACAUACAGAGGUGAUCGAUGUGAUCAGUCGAUGUGCGGAAAAGAGUGUCAAAAUGAGGGCAUCUGCGUUUCACACGACCACAACGUCACCUUCAGCUGUCAAUGUCCAUUAGGCUUUACCGGAGUGCACUGUGAACAAGCUCUGGAUAGCAUUUGUCGACGUCAGGCACCCUGUGGUGAUCAUGGAAAAUGUGUGCUCACUGGCAAUCUAGAACAGUAUGCAUGCCGCUGUGAUGAUGGUUGGAUCGAUAAACUUGUUUCAGGCGAUCAUUGUGAUAAGCGAGAUCCAUGCCCACCCGAAUACUGCAAUCAUGGCGGAAAGUGCAAUAGCAAUGGAUCGGACUUCGAGUGCAGUUGUCCGUUAGGAUUUCGUGGUCCGCAAUGCGAAUACGAUAUCAACGAGUGCGACUCAUCUCCAUGUGCAUUCGGAAAAUGUGUGAAUACGGUACGUUACGGGUUGUUCUGUGAAAAAGACGUUGAUGAAUGUUUGGCAGCGAAUCCCUGUGAAAACGGCGGCACAUGUGUGAACCUUAAUGGUGGCUUCGAAUGUGCCUGUACAGCGGCAUUCGAAGGCGAAUUAUGUACGAUCAACAAAGACGAUUGCGUCAACAAUAAAUGCAGUCUGGGAGCAACCUGUAUCGAUUUGAUCGGUUCCUAUCGAUGCGAGUGCCCGGAAGGAAGAAUAGGUUCUCUCUGUCAAUACAAUGACCCAUGUCAUUCUAAGCCAUGCCUCAAUGGACGAUGUAUUGGCGAUCCCGAGACGGGUGAAUCAACUUGUACCUGUGAUCAUGGCUAUACGGGUCCGUAUUGUGAUGAAGAUAUUGAUGAAUGUGCCGAGUGGGGUGAGGCUUUGUGCCAUAAUGGAGCAACAUGUGUAAAUAUCGCUGGCAGUUAUACAUGCGAAUGUCCAACUGGUGUUACCGGCCAGUCGUGUGAUACCCUGAUGGAGAUGUGCCAUCCGAAUCCAUGCUUGAACAACGGCGUCUGUGUCGAUCGCUUGAACAAUUUCGAAUGCUCAUGUGCUGAGGGGUUCACUGGCCCUACAUGCGCUGAGAAGUGUUCGUCUGGUGAUCGAUGCACAUGUUCACCUGACAGCUGCCUAAACGGUGGAUUCUGUCAGAAUAAUACUUGCAAAUGUGCAAAGGGAUUUACUGGCAAAUAUUGUGAGCUUGAGUUGAACCCAUGCGAAAUGACCAAAUGCCCUACUGGUCAAAUCUGUAUUGAGAACAAUGGGACCAGGUCAGUGAGUUGCGUGUGUCCUGUCGGAUAUACUGGAUACGAUUGUCUCAAAGAAAUUGAUGAAUGUUCAACUAAUCCAUGCCAGCAUGGAGGUACAUGCUCCGAUCGGCUUGGGGACUACUUUUGUUUGUGUCCCAGCGGCUAUAGUGGCAAGAACUGUGAGAACAUUGUCGAUCAUUGUACAAUCAACCCGUGUCUGAACAACGGCGUUUGCAUCAAUGCUGCCCAUGCUGGUAUCUGUCACUGUACGCCAGCUUUCUUUGGCGAUAGAUGCCAGUACAAGAGAAAUCCCUGCUCAAGAAAUCGCUGUGAUAACAGAGCCAUAUGUCGUCCUACAGCGAACUACCGGAACUAUACCUGCGAAUGUAGACCGGGAUUUGAAGGGAAAUAUUGCGAAUUGGAUAUCGAUGAAUGCAAGGAUGAGCCAUGUCGUAACGGUGGUACAUGCCAUAACACUCAUGGAGACUAUAACUGCAUUUGUCCAGUGGGUUAUACCGGCCGGAAUUGCAUCGAAAACAUCGAUGACUGUGCUAGAAGUCCAUGUCUGAACAACGGGACAUGCAUCGACGACGUGGCCAAUUUUCACUGCGUCUGUCAGCCUGGAUACACCGGACGAACCUGUGGUGUUGAUAUUGAUGACUGUGCCGACAAUCCCUGCUUGAAUGGAGCCACCUGUGUGGAUGGAGUUAAUUGUUAUGAAUGUCUGUGCAAAAGAGGUUUCAGUGGACGUGACUGUCAUAUCAACGAUGAUGAUUGCAGGCCUGGGUAA